UCUAUUAUAUAUAGUCCCACCAUUGCAUGCAAGCUUUAACUCAAAACACACCACCAUAAUCGAAAAAUAAAGUUGCCUCUCCCUUUCCAUUUUUCUCUUUCGAGUAAGGGAACUUUGAGAAAAAUCUAGGCGCAUUGGCUGCCGGUGGUGUUCCUUGGUAGUCAUCCAUGAUGGUUCCGCGGGGUAACCCGGCGAGGGGCCGGUUUUGGCCCCAAAUGUUAAUGGCUAUGGCUGUUGCUGUAGUUGUUCUUGCGAGCAAUGUAGGUUCAGUGUCUGCUGAUGCAUAUAUUUAUGCAUCACCUCCUCCGCCUUAUGAGUAUAAGUCACCACCACCGCCUUCUCCUUCUCCACCACCGCCUUAUGUGUAUAAAUCUCCACCACCACCUUCACCUUAUCCUCCACCUCCGUAUGUGUACAAGUCUCCACCACCACCACCUAAACAUGAGGAGAAGCCUUAUGAAUACAAGUCUCCACCACCACCACCAAAGGAGAAGCCUUAUGAGUACAAGUCUCCACCCCCACCAUCACCUUCUCCUCCACCUCCUUAUGAGUACAAAUCUCCACCACCUCCAUCACCUUCUCCACCACCUCCUUACGUGUACAAGUCUCCACCACCUCCACCAAAGCAUGAGGAGAAGCCGUAUGAAUACAAGUCUCCACCACCACCACCGAAGGAGAAGCCUUAUGAGUACAAGUCUCCACCACCACCACCGAAGGAGAAGCCUUAUGAAUACAAGUCUCCACCACCUCCAUCGCCUUCUCCUCCACCUCCUUAUGAGUAUAAAUCUCCACCACCUCCAUCACCAUCACCACCACCUCCAUACUACUACAAGUCGCCACCACCACCACCAAAGCAUGAAGAACAACCACCAUACUACUACAAGUCACCUCCUCCUCCAUCUCCAUCACCACCUCCUCCUUACUACUACAAGUCCCCACCACCUCCGUCUCCAUCACCACCUCCUCCAUACUACUACAAAUCUCCACCACCACCACCAAAGCAUGAAGAACAACCCCCAUACUACUACAAGUCUCCACCACCUCCAUCACCCUCACCACCACCUUACUACUAUAAAUCUCCACCACCACCUUCACCAUCUCCACCACCUCCUUACUACUACAAGUCCCCACCACCACCACCAAAGCAUGAAGAACAACCCCCAUACUACUACAAGUCUCCACCACCUCCAUCACCCUCACCACCACCACCUUACUAUUACAAGUCUCCACCACCACCUUCACCAUCUCCUCCACCACCUUACUACUACAAAUCUCCACCACCACCCCCACAUUACGUCUCACCACCAUACUACUACAAAUCUCCACCACCACCAGUGAAAUCUCCUCCCUACUACUACCAUUCUCCUCCACCACCAACUCCUUACUACCCCCACCCCCACCCUCACCCCCAGCCCCACCCCCACCCACACCCGCUCAUAGUCAGGGUGGUCGGAAAAGUUUACUGCUACAGAUGCUAUGACUCAAGCUACCCAGAGAAAUCACACGGCAAGAAACAUCUCGAAGGUGCUACUGUGGAAGUGACUUGCAACGAGGGUGAAAAGGAAAUCACUGUCUACGGAAAGACCAAAAACAAUGGCAAAUUUGCUGUCACUGUUGAUGGGUUUGAUUAUGGCAAAUAUGGAGCCAAAGCAUGCAUUGCCAAGCUUCAUGCCCCACCCAAGGGUUCAUCAUGCAACAUACCCAUGAGUGUACAUGAUGGCAUCAAGGGUGCUGUGCUCAAGGUCAAGUCAGAGGACAAGUACGAGGUUGUGCUUAGAGCUAAGCCAUUUGGUUAUGGUUCAAAGAAACCUUACAAGAAGUGUGAAAAGUACACUCCUAAGCCUCCAACUCAUCCGUACAAGCCACCACCGUACUAUUAUAAGUCUCCACCUCCACCGGCUCCCACUUAUGUUUACAAGUCACCACCUCCACCGUCACCAACUUAUGUUUACAAGUCACCUCCACCUCCUGCGUACUACUACAAGUCUCCACCACCACCAAAGCAUGUGGAACAGCCUCCAUACUACUAUAAGUCUCCACCUCCACCAGCUCCCACUUAUGUUUACAAGUCACCUCCACCUCCUAUGUACUACUACAAGUCUCCACCACCACCAAAGCAUGUGGAACAACCACCAUACUACUAUAAGUCUCCACCUCCACCGGCUCCCACUUAUGUUUACAAGUCACCGCCUCCACCAUCGCCGACUUAUGUUUACAAGUCACCUCCACCACCUGUGUACUACUACAAAUCACCACCACCUCCCACUUAUGUCUACAAGUCUCCACCACCACCAAAGCAUGUAGAGCAGCCCCCGUACUACUACAAGUCUCCUCCACCACCAUCACCAUCUCCUCCUCCACCAUACUAUUACAAGUCCCCACCACCACCAGUUCACUCUCCACCACCACCAUACUACUACAAGUCCCCACCACCACCAAAACAUGAGGAACAACCUCCAUACUACUACAAAUCUCCUCCUCCACCAUCGCCAUCUCCUCCACCACCAUACUACUACAAAUCCCCACCACCACCAAAAUAUGUAGAAGAGCCCCCAUACUACUACAAAUCUCCUCCACCACCAUCACCAUCUCCUCCUCCACCAUACUACUACAAGUCCCCACCACCACCAUCUCCAUCACCACCCCCACCAUACUAUUACAAAUCACCCCCACCACCAUCGCCAUCUCCUCAUCCACCAUACUACUACAAGUCCCCACCACCACCGAAACAUGUAGAGGAGCCCCCAUACUACUACAAGUCUCCCCCACCACCAUCGACAUCUCCUCCUCCACCAUACUAUUACAAAUCUCCUCCACCACCAUCACCAUCUCCUCCACCACCAUACUACUACAAGUCCCCACCACCACCGAAACAUGUAGAGGAGCCCCCAUACAUCUACAAAUCUCCUCCACCACCAUCGCCAUCUCCUCCACCACCAUACUAUUACAAGUCCCCACCACCACCAGUUCAUUCUCCAUCACCACCAUACUACUACAAGUCUCCACCACCACCAGUCCACUCCCCACCCCCACCAUACUACUACAAGUCUCCACCACCACCUUCUCCCUCACCACCUCCACCAUACUAUUACAAGUCUCCACCACCACCAAAACACGUAGAGGAGCCCCCAUACAUCUACAAAUCUCCUCCACCACCAUCGCCAUCUCCUCCACCACCAUACUAUUACAAGUCCCCACCACCACCAGUUCAUUCCCCACCACCACCAUACUACUACAAGUCUCCACCACCACCUUCUCCCUCACCACCUCCACCAUACUAUUACAAGUCCCCACCACCACCAAAACACGUAGAGAAGCCCCCAUACAUAUACAAAUCUCCUCCACCACCAUCACCAUCUCCUCCUCCACCAUAUUAUUACAAGUCCCCACCACCACCAGUCCACUUUCCACCACCACCAUACUAUUACAAGUCCCCUCCUCCACCAUCGCCAUCUCCUCCUCUACCAUACUAUUACAAAUCCCCACCACCACCAGUCCACUCUCCACCCCCACCAUACUACUACAAAUCCCCACCACCACCAGUCCACUCUCCACCUCCACCAUACUACUACAAAUCCCCACCACCACCAUCUCAUUCACCACCUCCACCAUACUAUUACAAAUCACCCCCACCUCCAGUGAAAGCUCCAGCACCUACCUACCAUUACAACUCCCCUCCUCCACCAUCACCAUCUCCUCCUCCCCCAUACUACUACAAAUCUCCCCCACCACCAGUCCACUCUCCCCCACCACCAUACUACUACAAAUCUCCACCUCCUCCAUCUCCCUCACCACCUCCUCCAUACUACUACCACUCACCUCCCCCACCAAUGAAAUCACCUCCACCUCCGGUCUACAUCUACGCUUCUCCUCCACCACCAACACCCUACUAGAUUUAAAAAGAUCGACCACACACCGUUCAUGUUCUAGUUUCGCCAGCAAAAUAAAGGAAGGCGCCAAGAAGGGAGGGAGAUUUGGACAUCAAAACAGUUCCUUUUCAAGUCCAUGGAAUAAGGGUCUAAGCAUUACAUUGGGGAGAUACAAUUUUGAUAAUUCAGGCCUACAUGUAACUUCCACUUCUUUGGUAGCCAUGUUACACAUGCUCUUUAUUUAUUUUAGUGGCAUAAGAAGGAAGUGAGUGUUUUUUCUAUUUUAAUUAUUGGUUUUUCACUUUAAUUUAUUCGUGUAUAGAAAUGUGGCCUUCCGUAUGAUUGAUGAAGCUUUUUCUAUUUAUUGUGGGCAUGCAUUUGCUAUUUGGUGGAUAAUUUGGUGUACUAUGUGCACUAUUAGCAAUAAAAGAAUCUAUUUGUUUGAAUGCCAA